UCCCUAACAGCACUGAGGUAGACUGCUGUGGGUUGUGUUUUGAUUGUUGCCGCUUGUCAUAUUCCGUUUCAGAUGAGUGUUUUUUUUUUUUUUUCUUUUUUAGAGGUAACACCUUUUUAAAGACUCGCAACCGGGAGGCAGCAACUUCACCUUGAACCCAGCAAACUCUGUUGAGUUAGUGGUCAAAACAGAGAUGUCUGAGGUUAGAGUUGACCUACAUGAAACAGAAUCGGAGAAAGGAGUUCCGGACGGACUGGACCAGCGGAAAUCUCCAUGUCCUGACCGUUCCAACAUGGAGCUCCAAGGCCUUUCCCCUCCUCUUAGCUCACCAUCAGCAGGACCAAGUCCCUCACCAUCUGCUUCUGCUGAGUCAAGUGGCUUGUUGUUCUUACCAUGGGAGAUCCUGACUCACAUAGCUUCAUACCUUCCUGCACAUUGUUUGAUCAAUGUGCUGCCACAGGUAUGUCGCACUUUAAGUACAGUUGGUGAAGACACCACAGCUUGGCAGCUUCGGGCACAAAGACUAAUUGGAUCAAGAGUGAGGUUUCCAGUUGGGCCAAGGGAUGAUUUUGACUGGCCCACUUCUUGCCUGGAGAUGGAGCAGCUCAUUACCUUCUGGGCAGGUGAAGUGCAGCAAGUGGGCAAACAAUCAGAGGAGGAAGUAGAUCAAGUGAGGCUGGAGGAGAGAGGACAGGCUGCUGAAGAGAACGAAAAUGAAGAAGGAGAGGAGGAGGCUAGGGUGGGAGUGGCAGCACAGGAGGUUGCUUAUGGUGCUGAUGAAGGUAUAGAAGUAGUAAUGGAAGUGGAGAAUGGUGAAAUACAUCCAGUGUUAGUUGAGGACCAGAUGGAACAGUUGAGAGCGGGAUUGGAAGACAGGCUGGAGGUUGAUAUAGCUGCACUGAUUGAAGAUGAAAGGAUGGAGCUCAAUGCUGAUGUGGGACCAGAAGCUGCUCAUCGUGACCAAAACAACGUUGCCUCCCCAAGACAUGUCAAUGACAGGGAAAGAGCGGAAAUGGCCCAACACCAACCUUCCAGAAGUCCUAGUCCUCCCCCAGCACUGGAGUGCAUUACAUUACCCUCAAGCCACAUUGCGCUGGUCAACUCUGUGCUCCUGCUUGGAGGAAAGGGAGCAGUUUGUGCCACGGGGUCGCGAGACUAUGAUGUGAAACUUUGGGACCUGGAGGAAGGAUCUAACGGUACACUGCUGCACACCCUGGGAAGGAAAGGUGACUUCACAUCUCAUCAGGGCUGGGUCUGGUGCCUGGCAUCCGAGGGUCCUCUUCUGGCCUCAGGGAGCUUUGACAGCACAGUGAGGCUGUGGGACUUGGAGGCAGGCGGCACCAAUAGAGGCCUGAUCAGGACCGGGUCAGCUGUUCUCUGCCUGUCCUGUCAGAACGAUGUUUUACUGGCUGGGACGUUUAACAAGAGGAUCAAUAUGUAUGACACGAGAGCUCCUGAACCACUGAUUAAAAGUGUUCAUCUCCAUGGCAAUGCUGUAAUGUGCCUGGCUGCUGACGAUACAUACAUCAUCUCAGGGAGCGAAGACUGCACUGUGGCAGUCUAUGACUGCAGGGCCAUGAGGGCAUUAAAGAAAAUUAAGCUGAGCUCCUAUUUAUCCUCCAUGAGCUACAGUGGCCAUGAGGUUUGGGCUGGAGACAAGAAAGGCAUGCUGCACUCCUUCUCCAUGCAGACCGGCACCUUAAAGGUCCUGUCCAGGUUUGAUGUGGGACAUUCGGCUCUGGUUACUGGCGUCCACAAGUCUGCAGGAAGCCUCUACACCUGCUCUACUGAUAAAACUGUCAAGAUCCAUAUCCCAAGUGGACCACCAAGGACUUUAUGUACACUGUGCCAUGCCGGCGUAGUCCAUGGGCUGAGUGUGGAGGCUGGGAUAGUUGCUGUGUCCACCGGCGAUGAUACUGUGAAUAUCUGGAGACCCAGGAAUUAAAAUGCCACUGGAGGUUUUGAAAAAAGCUUCAUACAAGA